UCUGACUGGGCGAGCCGGGGAGUGGAGGGAAGACAUUGCCGUCGCCCGCUGUUCGCUCGGCGGGCAACAGGGACGCUCGGGAGGAGCGUCGCGCAGCGCUACGUGCCUGGGAGCGGCAACGGGACGAGGCACAGCCGGGCUGGGUUGUUCCAGGCGCGUGUUUUGGAGGCAGCGGGAAGUAGUCGCCGUGCGCUGCGAGGGGAGACCACGUGGACGCUGGUGCCCCGGGGCGCCCUCCUCAGCCUUCCUGAGAAAGAAGGGGAACACGAAGGCUUCUGUGGCGCACGUUCACCCCCCCACCCUCAAAGGAGGGCACCAGCAGGAGCAGCAGCAGAUGGUACGUGAACACUAUACUACAACAACACCAGGUACUCACCUGCAGAGACCAGAACCACAAAAUGUCUACAGUGUUGGCAUUUAUGGCUGGAGAAAGCGUUGCCUAUACCUCUUUGUUCUCCUCCUGAUCAUCCUCCUAGUAGUGAAUUUUGCUCUGACCAUUUGGAUUCUUAAAGUGAUGUGGUUUUCUCCAAGUGGAAUGGGAUACCUGUAUGUUCAAAGUAAAGGACUUCAUCUAGAUGGGGAGUCCGAAUUUUUAUAUCCUUUACAUGCCAAAGAAGUUCACUCUAGAAAGGACUCGUCACUACUUUUGCAAUCCACUCAAAAUGUGACUCUAAACGCACGCAAUCCUGAUAGGAACGUCACAGGCAGAUUAAGUGUGGGUCCUGACAUGGUACAAUUUGAUGGUCAGCAAUUUCAAAUCAAGUCCAUGGAUCUGAAAGGAAAGCCUCUUUUUACAGUGAAUGAAAAUGAAACCACAAUUGGUGUAGACAAACUUCGAGUCACAGGGCCUGAAGGAGCUCUUUGCGAACAUUCUAUAGAAACACCACUUGUUAAAGGUGUUAAAGAUGUUGACAGUUCUAAAGAGCUUAGACUUGAAUCACCUACUCGGUCUCUCAGCAUGGAUGCUCCACGAGGGAUUCAUAUCAAAGCUGAAAGUGGGGGUAUUAAGGCUCUUUCUCAUCUGGAUAUCAAGUUCCAUAGUAGCAAUGGCCUGCUUAUGCUUAAUGCAGAGUCUUUGCGACUGCCCAAAUUGCCUCAAGGAACAAGUGGAGAUUCUGGCACAUCCGAUGGACUAUAUGAAAUCUGUGUUUGUCCAGAUGGAAAGCUGUAUUUAGCAGUGGCUGAUAUAGUUUCUACUUGCCUAAAAUAUAAUCGUGUUUGUCAACUAAGCAGCUAAACACACCACACUGGGUGCUUCCAGUCUGUCACUAUUUUCAGUCACAUACUGGCAAAUUCGUGUUUUGCAAUUAAAGUUGAUUUGGUGCUCUUGCACAACCCAUGUCCCCAAACAAACAGACUUUUUGUGAUAAAGAAAGUGGUGGUAAUAAAAUGCACUGGAAAAAGUGGAAUAAUGCUUGCUUGACAUAACAUCAUAUAACAUCUCCAUAAACAAAUCAGGAUGAAUGCUCAAUAAACAGAUUGUCUGGUAGUGACCACUUUCUCUGGUCAUUUUUAGUCAAGUUUUGUAGCAUUUUUUGGACUUAUUGAACCAUAGAGAAAUGAAAAGUACAAAAGCAGGACUACAGCUGAAUGUCAAAAACGUCAAAAAGACUAAAGUAAUGACAACAGAAGAGUUAGGUAACUUUAAAGUUAACAAUGAGGACAUUGAACUUGUCAAGGAUUAUCAAUACCUCAGCAAAGACAUUAACCAAAAUGGAGGCAAUAGUCAAGAAAUCAGAAGAAGGCUAGGACUGGGGAGGGCAGCUAUGAGAGAACUAGAAAAGGUCCUCAAAUGCAAAGAUGUAUCACUGUACACUAAAGUCAGGAUCAUUCAGACCAUGGUAUUCCCGAUCUCUAUGCAUGGAUGUGAAAGUUGGACAGUGAAAAAAGCAGGUAAGAGAAAAAUCAACUCAUUUGAAAUGUGUUGGAGAGGAGCUUUAUGCAUACCAUGGACUGAAAAAGACAAAUAAUUGGGUGUCAGAACAAAUUAAACUAGAACUAUCAAUAGAAGCUAAACUGAUGAAACAGGUUAUCAUACUUUGGACACAUAAUGAGAAGACAUGAUUCACUAGAAAAGACAAUAAUGCUGGGAAAAACAGAAGGGAGUAGAAAAAGAGGAAGGCUAAACAAGAGAUGGAUUGAUUCCAUAAAGGAAGCCACAGACCGACCGGAACUUGCAAGAUCUAAACAGAGUGGUUCAUGACAGAUGCUCUUGGAGGUCCCCGAUUCAUAGGGUCGCCAUAAGUCAUAAUCGACUUGAAGGCACAUAACAAAUGAGGCAGACCUUUGCUCUGCCCACUUUUCUCUGACCUUGGCCUCCACUGGCAUGCAGCACCUGGCAAGUUGCCCAAAAGGCAAUGUGGCCCUUGGAUUUAAAAAGGUUCUUCAGCCUUGCUUUAGAUGGAGAAAGGUAAAUCAGCUAUCAGUUACUCCCUGCACACUUUCCCUCCUCUGCUACUUGUGAUGAACUGUGCACAUGAUGUGGCAACCUCACGGCCCCCUGCUCUGACUAGCAUCACAGAGCACGAAGGAAGAGGAGGAAAAGUUGACCUAACACAUUCCCUCUACUCAUUAGGCUCCUAAAGUAACUUCCAUUCAUCCUCUUGAAAUACCAAGAGAUACAGGUCCCACUGUCCAUAGCUUAUGAAAAUAAAACAGUAGUAAAUAGAGAUAAAAGUUGAUUAUCAUAUACAUAAGGUGGGCUUUUUCAUAAUUCAGAUGUUGCAUUGAUCCUGGAUUUCUGAACUUUGCAGCGGUUAAUAAAAGGUGCAUUUUUGUUUUAAA